GCUGGCAGCCUUUUUUGUCUGUCAUUUGGAUGUAUUACCUUGUGUACACUGUAAUUGGAGCACAAAUAUGCUGAUUUUACAUUUAUGGGAUAUGCACAAGGUGGAUAACAGUAGCCUAAUUUCUGUUUUACAGAUGAAUAUUUUGAUAAUUGUGGUCAUGAUAGAGUAGCCUGUGUAUUAAACUGUUUGAGAUGUCUGCAGUCUGUAAAUCUGUUCAAAUGUAAUAUUAACCAACACUGUGGUUUUUCUCCUGUGUUCAGUGGUUUGGGUGUAAAUGUACAAUUAGGCCUAGUAGCUUUGAAAGUGGCGCUAAAUACACUCACUCAUUUUAGCCAGUCUGUUAGUGUGCUAUAUAUAGCCUCAUUCACAAUAAAUGAAGUGUGUGUGUGUGAGGGAGAGAGAGAGACUAUGGGGGCUUAAAAUUUUGAAAUUCAGGAGUGACUGAGUUAACCUUUUAACCACACUUCAUGGAUGGCAAAGCAGAAGUGUGUCUCCUGACUGUGAUUGGUGAUUCAUUCUCUCUCUCUCUCUUUCUCUCUCUCUCUCUCUUUGUCUUUAUCUAAUUAUUUAUCUUCUGUCUCUUUCUCUCCAUUGGUGUGCAUGUGUGAGAGUGAAAAAGGCCAAAAUGUGCCUAGAUACUUGGAAAAAUUUUAUUCAUUAUAAUUUCAGCCUGUAAUGUGGUUAAUUAGCAUUUCUACUGAAUGUUAGUGUUUUAUUGCAUUGUGACUGAACAUUACUAUGAGAUUGUGUUUGAAUUUGUCCAAUAUUGUCAGACUAGUAGUGAAAGCAUUAUUUGAGAAAAACAGGCCUGUCCUCAAAAUGAAAAAUGCAUUGAUGCAUUGCUGUGUGGGAAUAAAAAACAGAAACAAGAGAAGGAAAUCCUAAGAUGGAAGGAGAUAAAAAAAGAGGAGAAAAAGGAUUCUACGCAUUUGCUUUAAAGGACCCCAAGUAAAAAGAAAAACCUCUCUGACAGUGGAUUCAAAGAUUCAGUGGUAUGAUUGUCAGCCUGUAGGCCAACCAUCCUAAUUGUGGUCACGCUCCAGCUUUCUGUAAUGGCGGACUGGAAGGAAUGGACCACAUAGAGAGCUUGUCAUGAAGACCAGAACUCACAAAGAAUCGAUGCCCGCCCGCAGUGGACGCAGGAGGGGGGGCAGCGAGGAAAGGAGGGGUAGACGUCCUCACCCCAGCCCCUCUCGAGCAGAGCGCAAUGAAAAGCAAACACAAAGAGCUGCUGGAGAGGAAUUGGCUGUUGGGCGUUUUAGUCGUCGAUCUCAAGGCCAUGAUUCAUCAGAAAGUGAAGGGGAAGAACUUGUACCCCCUCCCAAAAGACAGAAAGUCCAGCAGGACACCUCCUCCAAUUCCCCAGCUCCACCCCUUUCAACUAACAUUCCAACUUCAGCCCCACCCCCAAUAUCAAGCAACAGUCAAUCAAGAGAGAGUGACAAUGAGGAUGGCCAAUCACAGGGCAGCAGGAGCUCAGUUGGAGGCAGCCUAGCCAAUAGUAGCAGCAGCAUAAGCAGUGGUCGGGACAUUGACCAGGACAAUCGAUCCUCCUCCCCGAGUCUCUCUGCUUCCCCAUUGGCCAGUUUGGAUUCUGAAUCUGACUCUCCAGAUUCCCCAAAGCAGGGUGACAAAAACAAAGAUGAGGGGGCAUCAAAAUGUGUAGCAGAGGAGGAGAGUGGCUUAGGAAGGGGCGAGGAGGGCAGUGCUAUCGAUCAGAGGGACAAUGAGGGUGGAAUGGAGGCAGAUUUGUCCCCCCUGAAGUCCUCCUCAUCUGUUUUUCCAUCUCAUCGUAAAGUGGUGGACACCGCAGGUGAUACAAGUAGCACCAGGAAGUCAUACUUCCCCCUAGAAUCCAAACUUGUGAGCAAAAUGGAAUACACAGGGCAAGGUGGCACUGAGACGCUACAAACCUGCAAUCGCAUCACUUCUAAAGCAGGCACUCAGUGUGGGAAACCUGGAGUGGGAGGUUCUGAGUAUUCCCAUGGGAAUUCAAAUGUUAGUCAUGCACCAACACUCCCACCUCCACCUGCUCUGAAACCCUUAGAGGUGGGGCAGGUUGCUCCAGGUGGAGAAAGUAAAACAGACAAACCAGACAAAGGUGAUAAGUCUGCUCCACCCUCCUUGCUUCCGCAAACUAGCCCUGUUUCCCAGCAACCUCUGCCUCCAAACACUCAUCAUUACACUCCCACAAGCUGGUCAGGGGGACCUCCCUCUAGUUGUCCUGGCAACUGGGGAUAUGUACGUUACCCAGGUAACCACCACACACAUCCAGGCCAGCAGCCCCCAGUGCAGCAACAGCUGCCCUCAGUCUACAAUUCUCCUUCCUCUACACGGCACACCUCCCACCCACCUUACCUGCCUCACCCUCAUCCCCACCCACACAAAGAGUACCUGCCCAGGUAUGGCACUGCAGCUGAGCGGGAACGGGGUGGGAGGGAGUUUGGAAACAGAGACUUCCCUGCUAGUAGUAGCAGUGCAAACAGCAGCAGUGGUAACACUUCUGGUAGUGGAGGUCCCAAUUCUAAUGUGGGUCGGGAUUUUGGAAACCCACUACCAGGACAGAGCAGAGAAUAUGGUGGCAUUGGCUCACAAGUAUCAAACCGGGAGGGGCCUUCAGGACCACCAAGUGGUCGUGAAUAUGGAUCAGGAUUCAGAGAUCGUGAGCGGGGAUCAGGUAGAGAGUUUACAUUGCAAAACCAGCAACUUCAAGCUCAGGGCAGAGAGUUUGGACCUGAAAGCACAGGAGGGGGAGGAUGUCAUCCAAGAGACAAGGACGGAAGGUGGGGAGAGUUGACAGGUCAGGUUAGAGAGGCAGGGAGUAACAGUUAUCCCAUUAAUGCCAAUCAAGCACCUGUUGGUGGCCCAUCAUCUGGUUUACCUUCAACAAAACUGUUGAACCAUGACCCAACCAGUUCACCACAAAAUGGCUCUAGUCAUCCCCCUUUUUCCUCUGCCAUUUCAAACUCCACUAGUAGAGACUUUCCCCCACCUAUGGAUGCAAAUGUGCAGCAGACAUCGCAAGGACAGACCCCCCUAACACCCUGCAAUACUGCAGAUCUUCCUCCCCCAACACAAUUUUUGAGAGAGUACCCCCCUCCAGGAGCCAAGGACUACCCACCCCCUGGAGCGACCUCUUCCUCUGGUCCACAUUCUAGUGUGCCCAGGGAGUACCCGAGCCCACCUGGAUUGGCCCCCAACAUAACUCGGGAAUAUCCUGUAGGACCUUCACAUCCACAUCAUUCUCAAUAUCCUGGGCAGACAGCCUUGCCUAUGCAGCAUAGAGACCGAGAGAGGGAAAAGGAGAACCCUGCAUCAUCUCUUCAUUCAAAUCGCAAUCAACCACCAUCCCUUUCUCCUUCAUCAGGUGGCUCUGCACAUGGACAUCCCACUUCUACUUCUUACCCACCUCCUCCUCCCCCUACUAGUUCACAUGGUCAGCCACCACCCAUCUCAACCCUUCCAGGCAGUCAUUCUCGACAAGGCCCAUAUCUUUCAUCCAAUCAGACUCCAACUCCACUCUCUCCUCUUCCGAGCCCCUCAAACAAUCAAAUGGGAGGGUUUACUCCUUUUCCAUCAACUUCUGCUCCCUCGAUGCCACUUCCUGCAUCAGGUGUGCCAACCUCUUGUCCAUCAGGUUGCAGACCUACUCCUUACCAUGGCACUUUAAGCAGUCAUUCCCCUUUCAGUAGCUCUUACCAUGGCAACGGUAACCAUGGAAAUGCUAUGGCAAAUAGUAAUGCCAGCGGCAUUGGUCCCAACAACAGCAAUAGCGCUAACACUCAAUCACAAUUGCACUCCCCUCAAAACUCUAAAAUACAACCACAUCUUGGUAAUCCAGGCCACAAUAACACUGGUCCAGCUACCAGCACAUCUGCUGGAGUAGAUGGCCACUCUGAUUCAUACUCUGGCCCUGUGCCACCACCAGUCAUCAAGGAGGAGCCAAUAGAGGAGAGGGAGGUGUCAGAGAGCCCACCUGCAGUUCUCCAAAGCCCCUCCCCAGAACCAAAACCUGUUGACAUUCCAAUCCAUGCCAGCCAGUCAGCUCGGUUCCACAGGGUUCUUGACCGGGGCAAUGGGAACUCUUGUGCACGUAGUGAUGUUCUCUUUGUUCCGCUUGAUGGUUCUAAGCUUUGGAAGAAGAGGAAUGAGGCCAUAGAACGGGCUCGUAGAGAAGUAGAACAACAAGCAAGAGACCUGCGAGAGAAAGAGAGGGAACGAGAGAGAGAAAAGGAAAGAGAAAGAGACUUGGAUAGACAUAUGCUGCAGAAGGACAGUGGUUCCAGUACAGGGUUAGGAGCUACAGGCACACGCCAGGGCUCUUCAUUCUUCUUUCCCUCUUCGUCCUCCAUUCUUCUAGACCCUUCGUCAUCUUCCUCUUCCUCAGUAAUCCCCUCUCACCCCACAGCCCAUCCACAGCACCACCCCUCUCACCAUGCCGCCCACACCCUUCAUCCCUCUCAUCCUCUGCAUCCGUCUCUCUCUCACUCCAUUCCUCACACUCUUCUCCUCCCUUCCAUGGGAGGGGGUUCUACAGUUGUUGGGGGCCCUCAAGGUGUUCUUGGCAUUGGGCUUGGGGGUCCAUAUUUGGGCCCUGAUACCCCAGCCCUGAGAACCCUGAGUGAGUAUGCCCGUCCUCAUGCCAUGUCUCCGCUGGGAGCUGCCGGACGCAUGCCGGCACACCACCCUCAUUUCCACCACCACCCUCACCCACAUGCACACGCUCAUCCCCAUGUGCAUCCUUCGUUUUUCCUGUCCCAAUUCCAAAACCCUGCCCUCGCACACCCGCACCACCUUCCGGCUGAUGCUGCCACAGCUGCUGCCAUUCUGGGCUUUUUGUAUGGAGGUGGGCUGGAGGGAGGCCCCGUCCAUCCAGGGCUUGGUCCUGGGCCUGGUGGGUUAACAGGGACGGGGCUUGGAGGAGUGGGGUUCCCUCACGCUGUAGCAGCUCACAGAGAGCGUGUGAAGCCAGGAUUUGAGUUUAAGAGUGAGGAGCGUGUCUACACAGCUGGAGCCUUGGCAGACCCAUCUCUAGCUUUGUCACACACACACUCACACGCACACUCACACUCCCUGCUGCUGGGGGGCGGAGCCGGAGGCGGGGCACCCAGUAGUGAGGUUGCCCUUUACGGUACAACUCCGCCUCCUGCUCCACCCCCUCAAGCUCUAGCCACAGCGGCUAGGAAUCCAAACCCCUUCCCUCAGCCUUUGUCAGGUCCACCAACCUCCUCUAUUCUCCCGGCCACACUCCCCACCCACCAGGCUCCUGGGGCAGCCUCAGUGACGCCAGUGACCCCUGCCCCUCCCCCUCAACCUCCUCCUCCUCCACCUCCUCCAGCAGCAUCAUCUCUUCUUCACCCCUCCCCACACUCCACCUUUCCAAAUUCACACCCUUCCUGUCCACCCCCAACUGCCCCAACUCAAGCCCCACCCUCUGAUGGAUAUACCACCCCCAUCCGUACUCCUCCUAGUACAGAGUGUGCGAGGAGCGUGGAGAGGGAGAGAGUGAUGCCUGCUGCAGAGAGGGAACGAGAGAGGGAAAGGGAAAGGACAGGGACAGGUGGAGGAGCAGGAGGAGGCACAGCAGCUGCAGGAGGUACAGGAGGAGGAGAUUCUCUUGGUCGACUACAGAUGCUGAAUGUUACUCCUCAUCAUCACCAGCAUUCACACAUUCACUCUCACCUUCAUCUGCACCAGCAAGACACAGCCGCGGGAGGGGUACACCCCCUGAUGGAUCCGCUGGCAUCAGGGUCUCCCCUGGCCCGUCUGCCAUACCCAGGGGCUGCUCUUGGGCCUCCCAUCCUGGCACACUCCCUCACUGACAGCGAGGUGCUCCGACAGCAGAUCUUUGGUGGUCCUUUCCGUGAGAUGCCCCAGUCCUCGUCUCUGGGUGGGUCCAUGUCUGCAGCACACCAGCUCCAGGCGAUGCAGCAAGCUCAGAGUGCUGAGAUUCAGUUCCAGAGACUGGCCUUGGAACAGCAGUGGAUCCACCACCACCAUCAUCACUCCCUCGCACAGGACGAGUACUAUAACCACCUAAAGAAAGAGAGUGACAAAACGCUGUAAGUGAGAAACAAGAGACGGAGAGGAAGAAAAAAAUUAAGGGAUAAAGUGCAAAUACAAAAACAAUCAAAAACGGUCAAAACUCAGCACUGAAUGAAAACAAAACUGCAUAGAAAGUGUGGAUGUGACACCAGAACACACAAUUAAAUCAGAAUGAAUCUAAACAUGUUCAACAAAAAUGUGUAUAUUCCAACAAAGGUAAAAUGUGUAACUGCGGCACAGCCUUGACACUGUAGCACUGAAAAGAUAUUCCCAAACGUCCAUGGGCGAUUCCUUAUGUUAUUUCAUACACCUUACAGAGAAGUUUAGGCCAUGGUUCAGUCUAUAUACACUACAUUAUGCCAGAAAGAAUGUCUAAAAAUGAAGUUCUCUUUUAUGUCUUUGCAUGUAGCUAGAUACAAAAAGCCCAAUGGGCUAAAACUCUUGUUUUGAUUUAUUUUUUGAAAACUCUACCACUCUGAAAGAGUGUGUUUAAGAGAGGAUGCAUGAGAUGAAAAGCUUACCUUAAUAAUCUGUUUCUUUAUCGUGUUCUUAUGAAAAUUAUUUUUGUUUGUUUGUUUGUUAAUAAUUAUAUGAUUAUAUAAACAUGAUUUUUUAUAUAUAUUUUUUUUAUAUUUUCCUGUUACCACUGUUUAUUUUUUUAUGUUGAAUUUACCUUGUGGGAAAAAAAUGCAAGAUAAAAAAUUAUGAAAAAGAAAAAUCUGGAAAUAAAAUACCAUUUUUUUCUAUAAGUCUGUGCUUUGUGUGUAUUAGAGAGAGAGAGUGAUUUGCUGGUUUACCCUUUAUCUCUCUCUGAGUGCCAUUUAUGUCUAACAUUUAUUGUUGAAAUGACAAAGGAAUACAGUAAUUCACCGAAAAAUGAAAACUGUCAUCCUUUACUCACCCUCAGUGUUCCAAUCCAAACCCAUAUGACCAACUUUCUUUCAACUUUCAAAAGGGGAUGUUGAGCAGAACAUUAGCCUUGACAGCAUUCACUUUCAUUGCAUCUUUUUUUCCAUACAGUGAAAGUGAAUGGCGACUGAGACCGUCAUUCAGCCUAACUGACUAUUGGAUAAUUUAAAGAAAUUAUUUUAAAAGCUGGUGUUAGAUGUGCCCGUUUUUUGUUUUUAAAGGGGGGUGUUUUGAUUCCGGUAAGAAUCAAUAGUGUUGUAUUUUUAACACUGUAGAGAUGGGAAGCAGGUCAUAUGAGCAGGUCAUCUGUGAGACAUUCUUGGAGUAGUGAAAUAGUUUUCAUAGUCUACCAUAGGUUAAAUACAGUGAUAUACAUUUAUUAGCCCCAGGAUUUGUUCUGUCCUCUCUGUAAAGUGCAAAUUGAAUAAGUGUGUCAAAUAGCCCUAUAUGGUUGGUCCAUCAGCUAUCUGCAUCUUAAGGGAGAAAGAGCCUUUCGUUCUGUCUGUGUUGAUUGUUAGUGAAAAAUGUAUGCUUGUUAGUAAAGGAUUUAAAGAGAGCUCCCAAAUCAACAAGGACAUCAGUUCAAAGCCAAGAAGUAUCACAUACACCACUAUGCUAAGGAAUACUGUAUAUGGUAGCCUAUAUAUAUUAUAAAGAAAAUAUGAUGAUCAAACCUAAACUAUUAAAAUAAGUAAAAUGCACACAGCAACAAGAAUAGCCUGACCACGCUGAAGCUCACCCACUUACAGUAUACAGUCUGCUAAACAGUGUGGUAAUAUCUGUUUGCUAAUAUCAAUUGUUCUGAUAUGGACCAUGGCCGUUUUGUGCUACACAAGUAGAUGUCAGCACCAUCCCACUGUUUGGAGCCAAAGCAUUGUUGACUAAAAAUAUUAAUAAAACUUUCCGUGCUGUUAAAAAAAAAAAAGAACCCUCUGGAAAUCUAGGACACUCUUUAAAAGAGCCUCAUGUAUACUGUUUAUGUCCUCAUAAAACUUGAAGAAAUAUUACAAGUGCCUCGAAGGCUUAUGAUACGGUUACUGAAGGAACUGUUAAUAAUACUAAAAGUUCUUUAAAAGUACUUGCAAGAACUAAGAGGAAGUUUCUCAGAGAACUGGAUGCCUGGAAGAUUUUCAGAGGGUUCUACUGGUGUGGCAUCAAAGGAACUAAUGUUCAGCCAUGGGACUCCUUGUGGUGCAAGCUGAUAGGUUCUUGUUAUCUGUUAGCCAAUUGGCUUGCUCACAUGUGACAUGUUAAGCCAAUCGGCACGCAUUGUGUAAGCUGAUUGGUCCUUUGACAUGUAAUUGGCUAGCCAAUCACCUUGCAUCGCUCUCUUUGCCUAACAUCAACCCUGCUCUUAAAAGUAUAAAUCCGCCUUUGAAGGGCACUUCCGAUCGUGGCCGCCAUGUUGAAGGGUCGUUCCAAACAUAAGGGCUCAUAAAUAGCUGCUUAUUCCAAGUGCCCUUCAAAACGUGCUUUUCCGUAGGGUUCAACUGAUGGACAAUUCGCUGCCAAGCGGGAAUGGGACCAUAUGUCAUAAAUCUGCAGAUUUGUUGUAAAUUAAUCCAGCUGCACCUCUAAACACGCUCUGGUUCUAUAAAAAAAAUUAUGUGGUUUAUAGUCUUUUAAUUAUUAUAAUAAACAUUUUAAAACAUUUAUACCCCUGGCUUUCUGUUUGAAACUGGCUUUUGCUGUGUUUGUGUUAUUUUCCUAUAAAUUCAUUUGAUCUGUUAUUCUAAUUAAGGAAUUGCAUUUUAUUUAUUUAAUAAUUGAUAUUGGUACACAUUAUGAAUGAGCUAUUUUAGCUAUUUGGCUAAGCAGGCCAAGACACACAUAGAAAUUUAGUUCAUUAGAACAGAUUCAUUUAGUUCAGACUUUCCACUUUUUGAUUAUAAAUUCUAUUUGGAACGAUCCUACAGAAUGGCUGCCAUGAUUGUUCUCCCUUCUAAGUGCCCUAGGCUGUGAAGCACAAUUUGUGCCAUUAAUUCACCUGGUAGUAGAAUCAAACCUGUAAAGGCUGACAGGAAACCCAUUUGUAGAGCUUUCAAAUCAACAUCCUACUGAAAAUGAAAUUUUUGAACUAUUCAAAAUGGAUAGAAACACACACACGCACUCCUGUUCUGUAAAAGGAACUGCCAAUCGACUGUCUAAUAUUUUAUGUAACACUCAAAUGUGAUAA